AUGCCACGACGUCGCGGUGCAUAUACGCUUACUAAAUCGACAUCAUUCACUGUUUUUCCAAUUACUAAUUCCUCUGAUAAGGUAUUUUAUUCGGCCAAUAAUACUGACCAAGGAACAUAUAAGGCUAAAACAUGCCUAAAUGUAACAAUAGCACCUGACAAUUGCGCUACUUUCAUCAAUGAUACAAACAAAGAGGAGCAGCAAACAUCGUUAUCAUCUGUUAAACAAUCAUAUCAAAUGCAACAAACAAAUAAAACCAGAAAUGGUUACCGUCGAGAAUUAUUUCAACUUUUUGAAGAAAAAACCCGAAAUGGUUAUCACGAAUUUUUCCGAGAUUUUUCCAACAAUAAUUUCAUACCUGAGGAACAUAAUAAGCAUGCCAGGAAUAGACGUCAGUACCGUACAAUCAGCCAUGAUUCUUCAUUUCGAAAUUCUUUAAAGUAUUCAUUUGAAAAGAUGAAAUUACGUGCUGCAAGUCAAAAAUAUACCAAACAAGAAACUAAACCAUUCGGUGAGAUAAUUUCCGUAAUGAAUUUAAUGCCGGGUAUGUUAACGGCAAUGAAGCGAGCUAAUUUGUCCGGAAAAAAUUCGCGAAAAAAAUCGAGAAAAGUGCACAGGAGUAAAAGUGGUGCGCCAAAAAUUAUGCAUUCGUCAAUAGCCAAGAAUGGACAUUAUGUCGAGGUGUUGCUGAGCUCAAAUUAG